CGGCAGGGCGACUGCCUCAUAAUAUAAUUACAUUAGACAACACGCAAGCCCUUCUCCACAAUAACCUGUUCCUCUCCAUUCUUACAUCUUUCACCAUUUCAGCGAUCAACCUUCUCCGUAGGCAAGCAGGUGCCAUGUCAGCUUCAAUACCAACUAGUACUUCAUCCGCCUUCCUCCCACUUCCCCCGGCUAAGGAUAUACCUCUCACAUUCACGGCGAGCUUGAAGAGUUGGUGGGCUGCUGGAGACAAGCAGGGUACUGCGUCCGAGGAACGACUACUGAGGCGACUUCCGUUCUUCCAGCCAGAGCAGAUGGCUUCCUCAACCAAUGACAGUCCCGUCAUUGCACACAGGGAGCGUGUGCAGCUUGCGGCACCGAAGCACUUCCUGAACACCUUAUCAAUCAAGUCCACAAAUCCUUCGCCGACUGCACCGCCCCCAGCCGUAGUCCUUCAUGGAUAUGGUGCAGGUCUUGGUUUUUUCUUUCGUAAUUUCCCCGCACUCGCACAAUGGGCAGGGCACCGCGGCACUGACGUCUUCGCUGUGGACUGGCUAGGCAUGGGCCGUUCCGCCCGCGUACCCUUCACCGUCAAAGCAAAGCGGGAUGACAUCUCCGGGCGUGUGCAUGAAGCCGAGUCCUUCUUCGUUGAUUCGCUAGAGGAGUGGCGAGCAAAGAUGGGCCUCGAGAAGAUGACGCUAAUCGGACACUCGCUUGGCGCUUAUUUCAGUGCUGUCUAUGCACUGCGGUACCCCACCCGUGUACACAAGCUCAUUCUUCUCUCCCCUGCUGGUGUUCCUCGUGAUCCAAAUAACCUUACCAUGCCUUCGCGCGAACUAACUGAUGAAGGUGACUCACGAAGCACGAUAUCGACGAGCCAUUCUGCGGUCGCUGCAUCCACUGGGGGUGUUAGACAGAUACGAGAAGAGCAGAAGGCUAUCAAGGAGAAAGAGAGCCGUUCAAGAAGACUGCUCACAUACCUAUGGGAGGAGGGUUGGAGUCCAUUCCAAGUUGUACGCUCGACCCUUUUCUGGGGUCCUAUGCUUGUAGGAAAGUACUCAAGUCGUCGUUUCUCCGGUUUGACAGAAGAUGAAACGCGCGAUAUGCAUGAUUACAUCUUAAAUAUCACACUUUCUAAAGGCUCGGGAGAGUAUUGCAUAUCUCAUAUCCUUGCGCCCUACGCUCAUGCUCGUAUGCCACUUGUCGAUAGAAUAGCUGCGCUCAAAUUGCCAAUAACCUUCAUUUACGGCGAGCAUGAUUGGAUGGACCCGCAAGGCGGACUGCAGUCCCUCGAGAAUUUACGCAAAGCUGGUAAUCAUCAGAGCAGGAUGUAUAAUAUACCAUACGCCGGUCACCACGUGUAUCUGGAUAAUCCAACGGCUGUGAACGAGCUCCUCGUCGCCGAGCUCGACGAUGCCGGAGAGCAGCUGUAUCUCUUCGCCGCCUCGCGGUCAUGAUAAUUUAAUUACGCAGCAUGGGUUGGUUUAUUUAGUUGAUGUCUAUUCAGGGACGCUUGUUCAAUUUAGUACGUAUAUUUUCACGCAUACACGAUUUUGUGUAUAGAUUUUGUGCACUAGGGAUCAUGCAAUGUGUAAGUAAAACAAAUGACAACGGUUCGAGGCAGGCACGAAUAAU